AUGAAAUUAGUUGAAAUCAAUAGACCUGAUCACACUGAUCAAGCCACAAUCGAUUCAAUCAUGGCACUAUGUAAAAGGAUGGGAAAAGCACCUGUGAAGUGUUUAUACACACCAGGAAUGAAUGAAAGAAGAGAAGCCACAAUCAAAGAGAUAGAUACAGCUAUGAAAUUAGGAGCAGGUUAUCCAAUGGGACCAUUCGAAUUAUCAGAUUAUGUUGGACUUGAUACCAUCCAACAAAUCUUAGAUGGUUGGCGUGAAACUGAUGAAGAACAAAUCAACCAAGAAAUUUUAAAACCUUUGAAAAGUUUAAAUGAUUUAGUUUUGCAAGGUACACUUGGUAGAAAAAUCGAUGAAGGGUUUAAAAAGUAUUGA